AUGCGUGAAGUUAUUUCGAUCCACCUCGGUCAAGGCGGCAUCCAGACAGGCAAUGCAUGCUGGGAGCUUUACUGUUUAGAACACGGGAUUCAGCCUGAUGGCCAAAUGCCCAGUGAUAAGACCAUUGGUGGCGGAGAUGACGCAUUUAAUACGUUCUUUUCCGAGACUGGUGCCGGCAAGCAUGUCCCGCGUGCUGUGCUGGUGGACCUUGAGCCUAGUGUCUGUGAUGAAGUACGUACUGGUACGUACCGUCAACUGUAUCAUCCGGAACAAAUCAUUUCGGGCAAGGAGGACGCCGCGAAUAAUUAUGCGCGUGGUCACUAUACUAUUGGUAAAGAAAUUGUUGAUCUGGUGCUCGAUCGUAUCCGUAAGCUGGCCGAUAAUUGUACCGGUUUGCAGGGUUUUUUGGUCUUUAACGCCGUAGGAGGUGGAACUGGAUCUGGUCUUGGGGCUUUGUUGCUCGAACGUCUAUCGGUUGAUUAUGGUCGCAAAAGUAAAUUGGGCUUUACGAUCUAUCCGUCGCCACAGGUGUCUACAGCUGUUGUGGAGCCGUACAACUCGGUUCUAUCUACACACUCGUUGUUAGAACACACAGAUGUGGCUGUGAUGCUUGACAACGAGGCAAUUUACGACAUCUGCCGUCGUUCGUUGGACAUUGAGCGGCCGACUUACACUAACUUAAAUCGACUGAUUGCCCAAGUGAUUUCGUCGCUUACAGCAUCGCUGCGCUUUGACGGAGCGCUUAACGUUGAUGUUACAGAGUUUCAGACGAAUUUAGUGCCAUACCCACGUAUUCACUUUAUGCUUAGUUCGUAUGCUCCUGUCAUUUCAGCCGAAAAAGCCUAUCACGAGCAGCUGUCGGUGGCUGAAAUUACUAAUAGUGCGUUUGAGCCUGCAUCAAUGAUGGCAAAAUGUGAUCCCCGUCAUGGUAAAUACAUGGCUGCAUGUCUGAUGUACCGUGGUGAUGUUGUACCGAAGGACGUUAAUGCAGCGGUUGCUACGAUUAAGACGAAACGCACGAUUCAAUUUGUUGACUGGUGUCCUACGGGAUUCAAGUGUGGUAUUAAUUACCAACCACCUACUGUGGUGCCAGGUGGUGAUUUGGCUCGUGUUCAACGUGCUGUGUGCAUGAUUUCAAAUACUAGUGCGAUUGCUGAAGUAUUUUCGCGAAUCGAUCACAAGUUCGACCUGAUGUAUGCCAAGCGUGCUUUUGUCCACUGGUAUGUUGGUGAAGGAAUGGAGGAAGGUGAGUUUUCUGAGGCUCGAGAGGAUCUUGCUGCUUUAGAAAAGGAUUAUGAAGAGGUUUCUGCUGAAACCGCUGAAGGUGAGGGCGAGGAGGAGGAACUUGGUGAGGAGUAUUAG